UCAUGAAAACUUUUUAUACUGGCAAUACAGUCAAAAUGGCUGAUGGCCGUGGUUUACUUUUCUGACAAGAAAAAUCUUAAAAUUGGGAUUUCUUUUAGCCUUGACCAAAUAAUUUUAGUUUCUGCUCGUCGUAGAUAUUUAUAGUUUCCUGAUUCAGCCUGAAAAUGGUUAAGAAAAAGAAAGCGAGUGAUGUCGGUGAGAACGGGGACGAUUCGACGGAGUCCUGUGACGAAAACGUCAAGUCCGCAUGUCCUCAUAUCACCAAAGCAGUGUUCCUGGGGAAGCUGAAGAAAUACUUGAAGACAAAUGGCUUCGAAAAGGAAUGUGCGGAGUGCAAGGUUAUGACCAAAACAGAAGUAUCUGAUCCAGAUUUUGAGGAAGAUUUGAGUCUGUGGAUGUGCUUACGUUGUGGCACGCAGCUGUGCGGUCGCGCGCGCAACAAACACGCUCUGGAGCACUUCAACAAGGUCCACUCAGAUCCUCACUCCCUCACAGCCAACACCUCAUCUUGGGAAGUACAUUGUUAUGAAUGUGACAAUGAAGUGCCAGUGUCCAGCUCUAGGAAACUAAAUGAAUGCAUAGAAUUUAUAAAGAAAGAAAUGCAAACUUUUGUUGGUAAACCAACACCCUUGCCUCCUAUAGAACUGUACUUUGAGAGCCGAAAAGCAGACCUAACGCUACCGGUAGAAAACCUAAUUAAGCUUGAUAAAGUUAAGGAUAAAGUGACUUCAAUGAUCCUGCCUAGAGUAAGAGGACUGACAAAUUUAGGAAAUACAUGUUUUUUCAACUCUGUUAUGCAGUGUUUAGUCCAAACUCCCUAUUUAUUACAAGUACUACAGGAGAUGGCAACCCCAGGGGAAAAAUUUACCCUUCCUGGAGGAAAGUUGAAGCUGAAAGGAGAAGGGGAUACGGAAGGAAGGGAAGUUGUCUUGCCGCCAAUCACUGGACAGCUUGCAGAGUGGGGCACCCUGACUAGGACCUUAGCAGAGACAUUAGCUGAAUUGCAAGCAGGUGAGGGCGGUGUGUACACGCCUCGCAAGCUGCUGUCGGCGCUCGUCAGCAAGCUGCCGCAGUUCGACGGCGGCGACCAGCACGACUCGCACGAGCUGCUGCGACAUCUGCUGGAGGCUGUCAGAUCGGAGGAUCUUCGCCGCUACCAGUCGGUGAUUCUGACCAGUCUCGGCAUGAGCUCGAAGGUAGAUCCAGCUAAAGUAGAUGGGGAGGUGAAGCAGAAAGUCAAGUUUUACGGCCAGCAAGCUUCUGACACAAUGCUUAGGCCUGAACAGGUGUUCCGCGGGUUCCUGGUGUCGACGCUGGAGUGCCAGGAGUGCCUGAAUCAGUCGGACCGCGCGGAGUACUUCCUGGACCUGUCGCUGCCGGUGGCCGCGUGCCGCCCGCAGCCGCCCAACCUGUGGCGGAGGAAACCCGCCAACGAUGAAACCACAUACAGUGCCCAAGAAGAGAACAAGCCCUCGAAACACCAGCUGAAGAAGGAAAAGAAGAAUAUGAAGAAGCGCCAGAGAGGGCCUAAAGAUAGAAGUGGUCACGCGGACAAAGGUUCAACGGACGUGCUCAACGGCGACGCGAAGGACGGUAAGUCUUCGUCAGAGCAAUCGGACGCAGAUGUUGAAGAUAACCUGGAGGACGCCCCCAAACAUAACGACACCCACACAGCGUCCGUCGGAACCCAGGCCAUAGCCCACACGGCCUCGAACUUCGCCGCUUACCACAUGGACGGCUCCUACGACUACGAUAAACCAGUAAACACUAGCACCUACAGGUCUAGUCCGGUCGAACUCGAUAAGGAAAAAGGCGAUAACACCCCAGAAUUUUCCGAUAAAGACAAAUGCAAAGAGGAAAAACUCGAUUUAGAGUCUACCUCUAUUGGUACGCAAUCGAUUCUCGCGCCGGCCACUAACUUCUAUCAUCCACCGUUUAAUUAUAAAAAAGAUAAUAAUGAGAAACGGAUCGCGGACACGGCGUCCAACUUCGCCGCUUACCAUCUAACGUACGACUUCAAGAAGGAGAAAACGGAUAAUUCUCCGGUAAAUACGGAUAAAAACAAACUGAAUUUCGUCAAUUCGUCAACCUCAACUGUUGCCAUACCUUUAGAAUACAAACCUCUGAUAUCUCUUGAAAACCUUUCGAACCCAGAUUCUGGUGUCGCCAGCCCUGAGACCACGAAGCAUAACUCCACAGAGACGGUGGAUAAUGUUGACUCCCCGAUCAAUGGCAAAGAGCUGGGCAGUCAUAGUUCUCUUUCCAGCGAGAUCAAUUUAGAUAUGUCGAGUCCUCAACAUAAUAAUUUGUCCCCUGAUAAGGACUUUGAAUCUGAAACUACCAACAAGGGUACGACAACAGAAUUGGACAGGCCACCAUCAAGAAGGGACUUCGCUGUGGAGUAUUCCAACGAAGUGGUUUCAAGAGGCAUCAGUGUCCAAGGAUGUAAGAAUGUUCUCGAGCACAGCGGAGAAAGCAGCUAUGAGUCAUUGCCGGAGAAUAAGAAUCAAGAAAUGGUGAUCAAGGACUUGCAUAAUUACUACCAAAAUAUUGCUAACAAGGUAGACGAGUUGAAGCUUAUUAUGGAAGAUGCUAAGAAAUCUAAACCUCAACCGUCGCCGGUGCACAAUGAACCAGAGCCCGACCGGGGACCGACCGGAGGAGCCUUUAGGCCCCGGAGCAAUGCAGUCCAGGAGCCUAAAGUCAACAAUGUUGAUGUGAAAAAAGAAACAAACACUAACAACUACACAAGUUACACCAGGCCAACUCUGUCUUCUCCGUACGUAUGCGAGGAAGACGAAUGCAGUAUCCAAUCCUGUUUAAGCCAGUUCACAGCCCUGGAACUACUCACCGGUAACAACAAAGUGGGUUGCGAGAAUUGCACGGAAAGAAUCAAUGGUAAAGAUGGUAAAACAGUCUACACGAAUGCGACAAAACGGUUCUUAGUGUCGAGUCCUCCGGCCAUUUUGAUCCUUCACCUCAAACGGUUCCAAAUCGGUCCGCGCUGCAUGUUCCGAAAGAUGUCCAAACAUGUGGACUUCCCAACUAUAUUAGAUUUGGCGCCGUUCUGCGCUAUGGAUAAGUUGAAGAAACUGCCGAACGUCGCGAGAGGACAAAACGAGUUGUUGUACUCCUUGUAUGGAGUGGUGGAGCACUCUGGGGGAAUGCACGGGGGUCAUUACGUGGCGUACGUGAAGGUGAGGCAGCCUGUGAAGCCUGGGGACCCGAGAUGGUGGUUCUUGCCCAAAAGCGCGAAUAUCCCGGCCGCUACGGCCGCCAACGGCGAAGGCGAUGGGGAUUCUGAGUCGGAUUUAUCUGGAUACGAAUCAGGCGAAGGACCAGGCUCGACCGCCGAGGCGCCCCCUGGCAAAUGGUACUACAUCUCCGACAGUAUGGUCUCCGAAGUGACUGAAGAUAAAGUCUUAAACGCCCAGGCAUAUCUCCUCUUCUACGAGAGGAUUUACUAACCUUCCUAUACAGUAUGGGGUGAAUGGCCUAACGGUUUGUGUGGCAUUUAAGUGGAAGACUGAAGCUUAGAAUUGGGUAUAUCUACUUAGGAUUGUGUGACGUCAUAUAUGCAUGUUUCAACAGUCCUGUAAAUAGCUUAUGGAAUUAAUUAUUGGCAUUCGAGUUUAAAUUGUAUUUUUGUUGUGAACUAAUGUGACUUUUGAUGUUGACGUCGUUUGCAACGUGUCGGGUUGUGCGUUGUGUGAAGGCCUUUUUCUGUUGUGCGAACCUAAUAAUAUCAUCAUAGGACAGGCAAAAUAGUGGAACCACGAAGUUUCGUGUCUCGCGACAUUUCACAGUAGCACAAGUCUGUCGAGUAGAAAAUAAAUAAAAACGUUAUCUGGCAACACUGCGUUUAUCACCAAUCUUCUCUUAGGUACCUGGUGCCAUUGCAAAAAAAAGUUCUUUAAACAUCAAUAUCAAUUUUCUAAUAAUAGACAGACUGUAAUUCAUAAUUAGAAAAUUGCUUCCUUGCAGCACUUUAGCAGGAAAACGUGUUCAAGAUAGGUUCGCUAUUUCCGUUCAGCAUUAUAAGCGAUAGAGGCCAGUUACUACCAAAAAAUAUAGUUCAAUGAACGUUGACCAUAUUCAGAGAUAUAUUUACCAAUAUAACCCUCACUUUCUCUUGUCAACCCAACAGUAGAUGUAGAAUAGCUACAAAGGUACCACAGGAAAAUGCCUUAAAAAUUAAAAUGCCAUGUUUUGUACAGAUCAUUAAGUUUCUCACAUAAAUAAGGUUGGUGCUGACCUGAUGCGUGAUGCGUAGCAAUGCGUGUUUAUUGUAUGGAAUUUUGGUUAUGAUGCGUAAUCACUCUCACCCGAGUCUCUUUUUAAGUAGAAUAGGGGGCAACCGAGUCUGCCGGUUUGCAUGAUGGUAAGCAAACAACGCAGCCCGUGGACCAGCAACCCCACCCCGAUACGGGUUGUGUUAAAAGCCACUUUUCAUCUAUUUCAAUCCAUACAUUAAAUUGGUGAUAACUAGGUUUUAUUCGGCUGAUGGUGGCUGGCUGGGCGUAGCGUACGCGUUUACGCAUGCGUUACAAAUUUAGAGUUAAUGCACGCAUCACGCAUUAGGUCUGCACCAGCCUUUAUUGUACAUGUUAUAGCUUAGUUAAUAAACAAUGACGCAUCAUUAAGGGUCGGUUUCACUACUUGAUGAUAAAGUAUCUGAUAGCCUAUAUGUAAGAUAUCGAACAGAUAACAUUAAAAAGUAUUUUUCACAAGUUUCAUAUUAACUGGCCAAUCACAUCAGGCAGACUUAUCUAGCUGUUAAUUUAUCUGUCGGAUUACAAUAGGAUAUUUUAUCAGAAAGUAGUGAAACAUGUCCUAAAUGUUUGUUUUCGAGGUGUUAACACAUGUAUGAGGUGAUCACUUUCCUAUUAUUGCAUGAAAAUUAUUGUUUUUUCAAACUACGUUUUAUUUCAUAAUGUAAAGUACUCGCAUAUUUCAGAAGUACGUAGGUAUUCUAGAAUAUAUAGUAUUUAUUUUAGAAUUUUCUACUAAACCAAAUUUCUCGAAACGACUUUUCAAUUUAUUUUCGUAAAUUUAUUUCAUGACUAUAUGCCAAAAAAAUUGUUAACCAUUUUAUGAAUGUGAAUAGGAUUGAUUUAUUCUGAUACUUAUUACGGAUAUUUAUUUUAAUGUGUCUUCAAAUAUCUAUUUGAAACUUCAUAUUAUUUUAAUUGGAAAAUAGAUUUUGUAACAUUAUCACAUAUUGCUAUGCAUUGAUUAAUUUGGGUACUUCAAAUUCUAUAAAAUUUAAUCCGUAUAUUCAUUCUAAUUUGUUUUUAUUCAAUAUUCUCUGGUUUGCACAGAAAAUGGGAUAAAAUUGUGUAAAAGGAGUAGGUAAAUGAUACAUAUUUAAGACAGAUUAUUAUUGAUCACAAGCUGCUGUCUGCGUAUCAAUGAAAACACAAGUGUCUCCCAAUUGACGCGCAACAUAAGUCCUUUCUGAUGUCCAGCCUUCGCGUAGCUUCCUGCGAUCUGUUGCUUUCCUUUUCUUAAUAACCAAAAGAGAUAGCAAUAAUACGCCGUAGCACAUAUAACAACUUCGCAACACACAAAUGAAGGCAUUAAUAAUUUUCGUAAUCGAAGCAGACAGAAUAUUAUACUUCUCUAUCAUCUAUAUGAAGCUGAAUGAGAAAGGCUUAUGUUUGCUUUGUUGUUGCCUAGUGUGUCCAACUUUUGAAAUUGCUCGUUCUAAACAACAGCAGCCUGUGACUUUCGUACUCUUCAAUAUGUUAUCAUAUGAAUUGUUAAUUUAAUUAAUGUAAUAAGUUAAAAAUGUAUCAAUCGGUGCGUAUUAGUUAUAGUUGUGUUGUUUCAAUGGAGUCUUCCAUUGGAGUGUCAAGUGCGCAGUAACAUACAUAAAUGAGUUUUGUCUAAUUGGAACAUGUAUGUAUGGUUGUUUUUAGAUACGAAUGGACUAAAUUAUUUAUUGUAAUACGUAUCUCAGAUUUUAGUCAAUUAGAAUUUGGCAUCCGCAAAUAAUUGGAAUGACUUUUUGUAAUUUAAUAAUAAAUAUGUAUCUUGAAUAAGAAGGCUUGUGCAAUUUUCACGCAAAAGCAAUUCUAAAUAGUUUUUCUUUUUUCACCUUUUGAUGCAAGAUCAAAAUAUGGAUAAUUCCUGGUUCAUUCUUCAUCUGAAAACCCAUUGUGGAUGUGUCAAAUACAUGAUUUUACAUAUUUUCACAAUUAUGUAUAAUGAUUUAUGAUUUUGUAAUUGCCUAUGUAUAAUUUGCUUCAAUGCAUAUAAAUUGUACAUAAAUAUUUAUUUACAUUCGCUUCGUGGAAUUGUAUUAAUUUUCAUGUUUUAAAGAAAUUGUUGUUUUAAAUCAUGGUGAUUUUAAUCCCUAACUACCAUGGAUUAUUUUUAAUUAGACUAGAAUUUUGUAAAGCCAUGAAAACGAUCUUGAGUUUCAGUUAAGUUUUAAUUAUGUAUUGUUUAUGCGAGUGCUCAAUUUUGUUGCUUUACCCGCGUGUCACUAAUCGUCGGUGUAGAGUGGGGCUGGCAACACUGAAAACUUGGAAUUGCCAUUAAAUUUAAAUUAUUAAAAGUUGUCUCAGAAAUCCAUUAAAUUUUCACAAAUAUGCGAUUAUCAUGACAAUUUUUUUCUCGUCGCCGUUAAUCAUGUACAGCAUGAUUUUAGAUCGAAACUUUUUGCAAAAGUUUUAAAGUUAAUUUGAAUUAUUGAAUGAGAGUUGCCUACUUUUGGUAGUUUUUCGCCACGGUUCCGUUCCGCCAGUGUUGCCAUGCUUCAGCGUCAGUUAACGUUUGCAUUUGCCGAUAGAAUUGUACCGUGAGUUAGCCUGUGUUAUAUUAUUAUUAUUUGAUAACUUUUGUACAUUUAACUACAACUACUGCAUUAUGAACAGGUGUAUUUAAAUAAAAUAUAGUCUUAAAACGUCAA